AUGGCAUCUGCUCAGGUAAUGAUUCCUACGCCCAUCCCCGACGCGGUCCAACACGUCAAGAUCAGCCCACCUCUCAUACAAUACAAACCACUACAUCCUACCUUUGGCGCCGAAGCAUCUGCAGAUUUCUCAUCUAUCACAUCUGAACUGGUCGACGAGAUCAAGAGAGGACUAGCCAGGUAUGGCGUGCUUGUGUUCCGAAAAACCGGACUGGACGACGCCAGGCAUGUCGAGAUGUCUAAACUGUUUGGUGAUCUGGACGACAUUGCCCCGUUCGUAGGCGGGCUUGGGCAGAAGAAUCGACUUAGCAGCGAUUACCUCUUCGACGUAGGCAAUGUCAAUCCCGACGGGACUGUCAUGCAGCCCGGUGGGAUGCGAGAUCUCCUGCUUCGAUGCAACUACCACUUUCACGCAGACUCAGCUUUCAAUCCUCGUCGCGCCGGUAUCUCGCUCCUUUUGGCACACGAAUUGCCGCCACCGGGUUUAGGCGGUGAGACAGAGUUCGCCGAUACGCGAGCUGCUUAUCAGGCAUUGGAUGACGCACGGAAGGAGGAGAUCCACGACUGGGUAGUCUGCAAUAGUCAAUUGAAUUGUCGGAGAAACGCGAAUAUCGAUGAGAAUGGCAAACUGAACCCUCUACUCGACACCGAUGAGUUCGAUCCCAUGAAGCAUAGAUUCGGCAAACACAGACUCGUACAGGAACAUGAGCCCUCUGGCCGCACCAACCUAUACAUCGCGGCCCAUGCCCAUCAUGUGGAGGGAAUGCCUCUUGAAGAGGGUCAGAAGCAGCUACGUGAGCUACUUGAGCAUGCUGGGAGACCCGAAUUCACUUUUAAGGUCACCUGGAAAGACGUGGGAGAUCUUGUCGUCUGGGACAACACUUGUACCCUCCACAGGUCGGUGCCGGGAAAUUACGCUGGCAAGUACAAGCGAGAUUUGCGACGAACGACGGUCCAUGAUAUGAGUUCGCAAGCUUGGGGUCUUAACGGCCAAGGUGCCACAUGGCGAUCGGGCCUAGAUUAA